AAGAAUCGAACUUCAAUCAGUAUGCCUGACGACGAGGAGAAGCUCCAAUUACUUGCUGACGUUGAGAGGCUCAAGAAAAUUCUCCGUCAAAAAGAUGAAAUGCUCGAGGAGAUGGAAGACGAUCUCAAAAAUCAGGGAAAACCUUGUUCUUCCAAACUUUCACUCGAAGAACGUGCACAAGAAUUGAGUGAACAACUUCGCGAUCUUCAUGUUGAGAUGGACGGAAAAAACGCCACAAUUCUUGAUCGGGACGCUCUCAUCGAUUCACUGCGUAGUGAGAUCGACAAACUCGAAAAAAUUAAUAAGGAGUUUGCCAACGGAUCAGUGAUUCCCGAACAUGAUGAUUCCAAUUCCUUCGGAGAAUCUGAAAUGCUUCGUAUUAGCGAAGAUUGUCAGAAAUACAAAGAGACGGCGACUGCUCUUUACGAACGAAACGCCGAACUCGAAAAAGAAGCGGUCAACUUGAAAGAUGAAAUUGAGUCGAUGAUGGAUCAUAUUCGGGACCUCAAAAAUCAUAUGGAGACGCGUGAUGAGGAAAUUGCCAGAUUGGAAGGAGAGCUUUUUGAUGAGAGAAACUCCCAUGAAGGAAAAUUAGCGGCACGCGGAAAUUCAAUGUUUUCUGAGGUUAUUGAUGCCGAGCGGAAGGUUGAAGAAGACCUGAAAGUUCUUCAUGGAGAGAAUCGAGCACUGAAAGGGAUGGUAAAACGUCUUCGAAUGGAAGUAGAAGAAGUCGAAGAAAGACUUCGGUCAUCCACAAAAAGAUUCAACGUUACCCGAAUGACCACAAGUGAUAUUGAUGUCAAAGAGAUGCGUCGUCUCAGAGACAGAGUUUGUCACCUGGAAACGGAAAGGGUUCAUUUGUGGGAAAGAAUGUUCAUUAAAAUGAGGUCAAUUCCAAAACGCGAAGUGGGAGCGUUGAUUACCGGCUACUUCAAGUCGUUCGAAUUGUCAAUUGCGAGCGUGAAAGGAGGUUUUGACGGUUUGAUGAAGGACAACGAAAAGUACGUGACAAUUAUUCGUGGAUUGCAACAGGAAGUAGAAAAUCUCAAAGCGGACAUUGUGCAACUACAAUUCGACAAUAAAUGUGCUCACAGAAAAGCUGCACCAGUUGUCAAUAAGGAUUUCGAGCACCCGCUUCUUGCUGCUCCUCUGAAAACUCUUAACAAUGGACGACCAUCAUUCUUCAUUAAACCGAAAAACGUGGAACCCAUGCCUCAAUUAGGGCAUUCAUUAUCCAGUAUUGCCGUUACGCCACAGAAACCAGCAGCUAAAUUCACCACUCGUUCCUCCAUCAAAGAUGAUACUUCAGAAUGGGCAGAACGUCGUAUGAAAGCUCAAGCUGAAAAGAAAUUGGCGACUCCGACGCCGCGUUACAACUAUAUCAAACUGUCCGAGCCCGUUCCAAAAUUCAAACCGGCUGUUCUUCAAAUGCCAUCAACCUCAGAAACAAAGGAAAACUGAGUAAACAUCAUGUUCGUAGUCAUCUCGUAUUCAUAUAAAACCGCCUGUAUUGAUCUCGUCCCCUCUAUUCACCAAGUUUUGUCGAUUAUUCUACAAUGUUUCCUAUUUAAUGCAUGUCAAAUAAAAUUAUUUUUAUUA